UGUGGGGUGGAAUCACUCUGGAAAUCAAAAGAGCGCUGCUGAAACAAAAGGAACAGGGUUGGGAUUGUGGACGUGCUUUAAACUAAAGUUUGAUUUAUGGUAUGGCUACAACCACUAGGAUGGUGAAGGGGGUUUUACUUUUGCACCUCCCUUCCACACCCCUCUAUUCUUUGCUUCGCCCUUUGUGUCUCUCCUCUUCUCACGGCAAUGAUGCUCUUCGAUUACGCCUUUCGCACCCUGCCACUGCAAUUCGAUGCGCUUCUUCAAGUUCAGAUUCUGGAAACAAAGUAUCCUCUCGUCUAUCGCAGAUUCAGCAGCUUCUCCAUGAAGCUGAACAUCGAUCUCUCUCCGCCGAUAACAAUGCCCCUAUUCCUAAAAUCACUUUGGAUCAUGUUACUGUGAACUUUGCCAGAAGUGGAGGACCUGGGGGUCAGAAUGUCAAUAAAGUGAACACCAAGGUUGACAUGCGGUUCAACGUUGGGAAUGCACAUUGGCUAAGUGAAAGGGUCAGGGAGAAGAUUAUGCAAAUGGAGAAAAAUCGUAUUAACAAGGAUGGAGAGCUUGUGAUUUCAUCAACCAAAACUAGAACACAGAAGGGUAACAUUGAGGAUGCUUUGGCAAAGCUUCAGGAAAUCAUUGAUGCAGCAUCAUAUGUCCCACCACCUCCCUCAGAAGAGCAAAAGAAGAAAAUUGCAAAGUUGGCUGCCAUAGGAGAGCAUAAACGCCUUAAAAGCAAGAAGGUGCAGUCAGAUAAGAAAUCACUUCGAAGAAGUAAAAGUAGUUGGGACUAAUACACUGUUUUCCAGUAUCUUUAAGCUAUUUACCAUCUUAGGCACAAAAGCACAAUCCUCUAUACUAUCAUAGUUGGAUACGUACACAUAUAAGAUGAAUGGUUGAAAAUAACCAAGAAUUUGAACAACAUUAACCCAACAGUCAGCAUGCCAGCCUUCAGAGUGGUUUAUGGCUGCAUAGUGUUGGCAGUUUUUUCAUAGACAAAUAUUUGUAUAUUAUAGUUGUUAUGUUAGUAUAUUUUCAUUCACUCUCGUUCUUUUAUCACUGUCAACUCUUUUAUAUAGCUACCUAACACACUCACAGUGUUGGCGGUUAGCCAAAAUUGUGACAUAGCUACGACGACAACUUAAUGCUAUAGGAUCCUUUCAAAUUUCAA